AUGAACAGCCUGGUGGCUACACCACCUGUGCCGCCUCAUUUCUACGAGCCUCCUCAUCUUUCUCCAUCUCGUCCAAUGUCCACUCCGAUCCAUUACUCCAGCAACCGCAAGCGGAAAGCUGAUGAUGACAACGACCAUGACGGACGCAUGUCAGCUUCUCCCACCAACUCCCCUGCCUUUGCUCCACGACCGCUCCCUUCUGGCCGCAUCUCAAAGCGUGCUCGGCCGAACGUCUUUGGCCGACCGCUCUCCCUUCCCCGUUUGAUGGAAACCCUUGAUACCGAUGCCUUACGGGGGGUCCUGCGAUCCAUGUGCGAACGCCACCCAGAUCUAAUGGAUGAGGUCGUUCACACCGCUCCUCGACCGAGUGUCACAUCAGCUCUUCAGGUGCUUCGAAAUUACCAGUCGCACCUUCAGUCCUCGUUUCCGUUGGGUGGCAACCCGGGCUCCGACUAUUCCUACAACCGAGUUCGACAGCCCUUGGGGCAAUUGUUGGAUGCUUUGAGCGAUUUCACGCCGCAUUUCCUGCCACCAAAUGAAUCCCAGCCAUCGACAUCGUUAAAUUACCUGGAUGAGGCGACGGAUAUUGUGCAUUCCUUACCGCGAUGGACCACACCACAGAACAACAUCGAACGAGAAUCCGCCUACGAUGAAAUCUGCAAGGCCUGGAUCUUGGUGAUCAGAGAAGCGGCCAAACGUGGUGGGGGCAUUCAGUUACAAUACGGAGGCUGGGACCAGAAGUUGCACAAACACAAUCAGAAUUCCGGAGGCAAGCUGCAAGCGGCCGUUCAGGAGUUGGGUUCUAGUCUCGGAUGGAUGCACGGACCAGAGUCUCAAACUUACGGAGGUUCUGGUAGUAAUGAGCUAGGAUCUAUCAGAGAGCAACUGCUUUCUGGAACUUACGGCCUCGGAACCCCGGUCAAGGUUGGACCUUGGUAA